AUGGCAGGCAGCAGGGAGAAGGGCAUGGUAGCACCCCCGACAGACAGCACCACGGUAAGAGACUGACAAACAAACGAACGGGAAGGGAACGAGAGAGAGAGAGAAAACCACCUCCCGAGAAGCUGAAGAAGAAGUGCUUGUCACAUCUCAAGACAGAAGGUGAAGAAUGGGAAAAGGGAAGAAGGGAUCCAGAGGAGUGGAGAAGAGCGGAGGAGCACCCCCCAUCCAGGAGAAGCAGAGGAGGGAGGCCCAGUGCCCAAGGACGCCCACAAGUGCUGUGGCUGUCACUUCCCCCUACUCAUCUCCCUGCUGCAGUUGCUGUUGGGGAUGGCCAUCACAGCCGUGGCCUUCCUCAUGGUCAGCAUCAGCCCCUCACUCCUGGCCAGGGAGACCCCACACUGGGCCGGCAUCCUUGUAAGCAUGGACCUGUAUGCAUGUUCACUCAAUAUGGCAUUGUGCCACUGUUGUAGCUGCAUGGGCCUUUGCCUUAUCUUUCUCUGGUCCUUAUGUCCAUCUGACCUCACUACAUUAUUUUAUUUUUUAUUUAACUUUUAUUUAACUAGGCAAGUCAGUUAAGAACAAAUUCUUAUUUACAAUGACGGCCUACACCAGCCAAACCCGGACGACGCUGGGCCAAUUGUGCGCCGCCCUAUGGGACUCCCAAUCACGGCCGGUUCAUAAUAAAAGUAAUAAUAAAUACGCAAUUAGUAAAGAUAACUUGGAUAUAUCCAUGGGGUACUAGUACCGAGUCGAUGUGCAGGGGUAUGAGGUAAUUGAGGUAGAUACAGUAUGUACAUAUAACUAGGAAUAAAGUGACUAGGCAACAGGAUAUAUAAUAAACAGUAGCAGCAGUGUAUGUGAUUAGUCAAAAACGUUAGUGCAAUAAAGGUCAAUGCAGAUAGUCUGGGUAGCUAUUUGGUUUACUAUUUAACAAACUAUUUAGUAAUCUUAUGGCUUGGGGUAGAAGCUGUUCAGGGUUCUUUUGCUUCCAGACUUGGUGCAUCGGUAUUGCUUGCCGUGCGGUAGCAGAGAGAACAGUCUAUGACUUCGGUGGCUGGAGUCUUUGAACAUUUUUAGGGCCGUCCUCUGACACCGCCCGGUGUAGAAGUCCUGGAUGGCAGGAAGCUCGACCCCAGUGAUGUACUGGGCCGUCGGCAUUACCCUCUGUAGCGCAUUGCGGUCGGAUGCCAAGAAGUUGCCAUACCAAGCUGUGAUGCAGCCAGUCAAGAUGCUCUCAAUGGUGCAGCUAUAGAACAUUUUGAGGAUCUGAGGGCCCAUGCCAAAUCUUUUCAGCCUCCUGAGGGGAAAGAGGCGUUGUCGUGUGUUGGUGUGUGUGGACCAUGAUAGAUCCUUAGUGAUGUGAACACAGAGAAACUUAAAGCUCUUGACCAGCUCCACUACAGCCCUGUCGAUGUGGAUGGGGGCGUGCUUGGCCCUCCUUUUCCUAUAGUCCACGAUCAGCUCCUUUGUCUUGCUGACGUUGAGUGAGAGGUUGUUGUCCUGGCACCACACUGCCAGAUCUCUGACCUCCCUAUAGGCUGUCUCAUCAUCGUCGGUGAUCAGGCCUACCACUGUCAAUGCAACCUUGUGUAUCUACAUGCAUAGACACUCAGUUCGGCCACUAUGGUUACUGUCCUAUCCUUUAAUCCCUCUGUCCAGCCUCACCUCACUGCUUGACUGUAUGCCAUGGACACGUGUCCUGAUCCUCUACCUACCGUGCCUCCCAUGCACUUCACCUACGAUAAAUGCGUGGACACUGGGUUGUACCGCCUCAUCCCCUGGAAUGUAGCUGAAUGGACUUCUCUUCUACCUUCACUGCAUGCAUGGCCUAAUGAUGUACAUAAACACAUCUAUAUGACUCUGGCAUGGCCACGCAGACACAUGUACAUAUCUCCUCAUCUCCAUCUUUGUCUGGCAUGACUAAUUGUUACCGCUUCAGUUUGUAUGCCGUAUGUCCUUCUGCAAAGACUUUGUCCCUGCUGUAUUUCCAUCUUGCCCUGACUGCAUGUACACAUACAGUAUACACCUCCAUAUCUGCCUAGUCUCAUCUCUCUAUUCACACUUAAUCUUACAUUAGCUCCAUCUAAACUCAAAAUUAGGGUUGUUUAUCAUGCUUUACUGAGUUCCUCUCAGUCUCAUUGAACACAUUGGGUGACAUUCUAAAUGUCAACAUGUUGACUACUAGCAAUUAGCUUGAUGUUAUUUUCACAUUUGCUCCCUCACUCGCUGACUGUUGAUUCAAUCUAUCUCCUAGAAACAGUUAACUGGCUUAAAGGGCUGUAACAAGUUUCAAACUUUCCCCCAACUGUAAUCAUGGCAAGACUUUGGCAUUGUAAAAGUACUUGGCUUGCAGGGAAAACAACAACAAGUCUAGAAUGCCAGUCAGCAUUAUGGUUCUUAGCCUCUUAUCUCAAUCCUACAGUUAGCUAAUGUCUUCAGAUAAAUAAAGCAAAUAAUACUGAAAACAAUAGAAGGUAACACUUUACCUUAUGUUGCAACAUUGUAUUAACAUGUAGUUAGGAUUUCCACUGAAGUUUUGCUUAGAAGUAAUAAAAAUUACAUAAGAUACAUCAUUUCCAUAUUGAAUUUUGAAUGUUCUCAUGCUACAACAAAUAAUAUGUAACUCUAUAGAAACUACAAUGAUGAACGCUUUCAGCCCCAAGGCUAUAGAGGCCUACUAAUGAUAACACAGGGGCCUGACUAGGUGUUUUUCCCUACUAUCUAUAGCAUUGUUUUUCUAGACUAUGUAUGGUAGUGAUUCAACGUUAGAUAACAUGAUUUUGUUAAAGAAAUGCUAUGUGAGAUACUUCACAGUUGCAUUUCCGUACAGGAGAAAAACAUGUUUUCUUUCAGCUUCCCGUUUGCCCUCAUUACAGUGUGUACAGAUGUGUGCAAUCGCAAGUCUCUGCACACACAGGAAACAUCCAUCCCGAGUUCCCUCCUCAAGAGACUCACGGCCCGGUGAAAAACACAGUUCACCAACAUCCUACAAGAGAAUUCUGAUUCCCCACCGCUUAAGAACCUGGGGAAAACAAUUAAAUGAGAUGCUGCAUGUUAGUCACAAGACUCUAAUAUGCUCUGAGAGAGGGUGUGUGUCAUUGGAAGAGAGGAGGAAAACUGUUUUGCCAUAGCAGUGAUAAUGUUAUCAGAUGACAAGCUGAUGCUGAAAGUGCACAAUAUUAAUAGUGAACUUGGGAUGAACAGCUUGAAAAGGGUUGAAGAGGCCCCUCUCAGCAGCAAAUAAGACAAGGUUUGCGUGUGUGUGUGUGUGUGUGUGUGGCUUAGGACACCAUGGCAACACUUGGUAUCAGCAGAUCAAAUCCUGGGAUGGAUAUCUGUUUAUCAGAUCUGAAUAGAUUCAGUUUCCCAAUAACACAUAUGCCAUUCAGAAAAUAAAAUGUACUGGUAACUAUUUACUUAAAGCAUGCAGGAAUAAUGCCUAAUGAUGCAGUUAUAAUGCAAUGUAAGACUUUCAUGAGCAUGCAUGAUCUCUUAUGUCUUGCCCCUGAGAUAAUACAAAGAGUGUGCAAAGCUGUCAUCAAGGCAAAGGGUGGCUAUUUGAAGAACAUCAAAUAUAAAAUAUAUUUUGUUUAACUUUUUUGGUUACUACAUGAUUCCAUAUUUACAUUUACAUUUUAGUCGACACUCUUAUCCAGAGCGACUUACAGUUAGUGAGUGCAUACAUUAUAUAUAUAUUUAUUUUUUUCGUACCCCCUGUGGGAAUCGAACCCACAACCCUGGCGUUGCAAACGCCAUGCUCUACCAACUGAGCUACAUCCCUGCCGGCCAUUCCCUCCCCUAACCUGGACGACGCUGGGCCAAUUGUGCACCGCCCCAUGGGUCUCCCGGUCGCGGCCGUCUACGACAGAGCCUGGAUUCGAACCAGGAUCUCUAGUGGCACAGCUAGCACAGCAAUGCAGUGCCUUAGACCACUGCGCCCCUCGGGAUGUGUUAUUUCCUUUUUUUUAUGUCUUCACUAGUAUUCUACAAUGUAAAAAAUAGUAAAAAUAAAGAAAAACCAUUGAAUGAGUAGGUGUGUCCAAACUUUUGACUGGUAGUGUAUAUAUUAUUUAUAUUUAUCAGGGGGUGCUGCAGCACCCUCAGCACCCCUCAGCACCCCUACAUCCCGCGGCUUUCCUGUCCAACUGACCAAGACAAACUGCUCUCUCUAAUGGGAUGAUUAGUACUGUUUAUAGUUCCAUUGCAACAGGCAAGGUCAAUGAAGCUCAGAUAAAGUAUGCGAAUUGAUUUCAAAUACGAUUUGAACCAAUGUCUGAUUGCAGGGUUGUAUGGUUGGACCAUAAAGGUGAUACUGUAUGUAUAGGGCCAUACAGAGAAAAGCAGAACACAGCAUGCCUAUUGGCAAGGCUCUGUAGGAGGCCUAUGGGUAGAUGAGCACAUUUAUUGGCCAUACAAUGUAGGCAAUAAUAAUACAUUGAAUUUAUAAUGUGAUUGUCAUUGAAAAACUAUCUAAAAGUGAUACACAAAAACAAGAGACGUGGACAAAAAAGGACACAACUAGACAGGGCCAGUGGCACAGAGAACACAGCUGACGCUACAAGGGACAAAGACAGCAAAGAAAACAGCUAUAACUAAUGAAAUGCCUUCCUAAAGAGGAGGGUUUUAAAGCAAUUUUUUAAGGAGGCCAGAGUCUGUGGUCUGGGAGAGCAUUCCAGAGGCGCAGGGGUGGUUGAGCAGAAAGCCCGAUCCCCCAUGGAGCAGAGCUUGGUCCUGGGGACGUGGAUUAGCAGGCUAUCACGCGACCUAAGGUCGCAGUGGGAUUAUGGGAUAGCAGCAGUUUUUUUUAGGUAUUUGUAUCAGGAUCCUGGCAGCGCUGUUCUGAAUGCACUGGAGCUUCUGGAGACUCCUGCCAGGGAUCCCGAUGAAGAAUUAAAGAAGGCCCACCACUGUUUGCCCAUUGUGACUGAGCUCCUGGGGAGCAGCGUACAAAUAUAAUAUUUUCACAGGUGGACUUCCUCCACUCAAAACGUAUGUAGAAGUAGUCUUAUAACGUGUAUAAAACAGAACAAUAAAUUGAAAAAGUAAUACAAUUUACAUUUAGUGGUGUAAAUGUAUGCAUCAAAAGAUGAUCCCUAUUUUUGCCUUCUUCAUGUUUUCCUAAAGUUCAUAGCCUAAGAUAACAUGUGAGUACAGCUACAGUGGGGAGAACAAGUAUUUGAUACACUGCCGAUUUUGCAGGUUUUCCUACUUACAAAAUCCAGAAAAUCACAUUGUAUGAUUUUUAAGUAAUUCAUUUGCAUUUUAUUGCAUGACAUAAGUAUUUGAUACAUCAGAAAAGCAGAACUUAAUAUUUGGUACAGAAACAUUUGUUUGCAAUUACAGAGAUCAUACAUUUCCUGUAGGUCUUGACCAGGUUUGCACACACUGCAGGAAGGAUUUUGGCCCACUACUCCAUACAGACCUUCUCCAGAUCCUUCAGGUUAUGGGGCUGUCGCUGGGCAAUACGGACUUUCAGUUCCCUCCAAAGAUUUUCUAUUGGGUUCAGGUCUGGAGACUGGCUAGGCCACUCCAGGACCUUGAGAUGCUUCUUACGGAGCCACUCCUUAGUUGCCCUGGCUGUGUGUUUUGGGUCGAUGUCAUGCUGGAAGACCCAGCCACGACCCAUCUUCAAUGCUCUUACUGAGGGAAGGAGGUUGUUGGCCAAGAUCUCGCAAUACAUGGCCCCAUCCAUCCUCCCCUCAAUACGGUGCAGUCGUCCUGUCCCAUUUGCAGAAAAGCAUCCCCAAAGAAUGAUGUUUCCACCUCCAUGUUUCACGGUUGGGAUGGUGUUCUUGGGGUUGUACUCAUCCUUCUUCUUCCUCCAAACACGGCGAGUGGAGUUUAGACCAAAAAGCUCUAUUUUUGUCUCAUCAGACCACAUUACCUUCUCCCAUUCCUCCUCUGGAUCAUCCAGAUGGUCAUUGGCAAACUUCAGACGGGCCUGGACAUGCGCUGGCUUGAGCAGGGGGACCUUGCGUGCGCUGCAGGAUUUUAAUCCAUGACGGCGUAGUGUGUUACUAAUGGUUUUCUUUGAGACUGUGGUCCCAGCUCUCUUCAGGUCAUUGACCAGGUCCUGCCGUGUAGUUCUGGGCUGAUCCCUCACCUUUCUCAUGAUCAUUGAUGCCCCACGAGGUGAGAUCUUGCAUGGAGCCCCAGACCGAGGGUGAUUGACCGUCAUCUUGAACUUCUUCCAUUUUCUAAUAAUUGCACCAACAGUUGUUGCCUUCUCACCAAGCUGCUUGCCUAUUGUCCUGUAGCCCAUCCCAGCCUUGUGCAGGUCUACAAUUUUAUCCCUGAUGUCCUUACACAGCUCUCUGGUCUUGGCCAUUGUGAAGAGGUUGGAGUCUGUUUGAUUGAGUGUGUGGACAUGUGUCUUUUAUAAAGGUAACGAGUUCAAACAGGUGCAGUUAAUACAGGUAAUGAGUGGAGAACAGGAGGGCUUCUUAAAGAAAAACUAACACGUCUGUGAGAGCCGGAAUUCUUACUGGUUGGUAGGUGAUCAAAUACUUAUGUCAUGCAAUAAAAUGCAAAUUAAUUACUUAAAAAUCAUGCAAUGUGAUUUUCUGGAUUUGUGUUUUAGUUUCCGUCUCUCACAGUUGAAGAGUACCUAUGAUAAAAAUUACAGACCUCUACAUGCUUUGUAAGUAGGAAAACCUGCAAAAUCGGCAGUGUAUCAAAUACUUGUUCUCCCCACUGUAUAUAAAAGGCUUUGUGAAGCGCUUCUAGCGCGCUUCGGUUCACCACAGUACAAUACAUCUCAUGAUGUACUUUAGUUCUCCAUAUUUCACAGCGGUUUUUAAAUAAACAUAAACACCAUUUCAAAUUAAGCAAGCAUCAAACGUUACAUAAUGCUAUAAAAGGCGUGAACCAGAGAAAAAAUACUGAGCGAAUCAGGGCUAUGUUACGUAACCUGUGGAUUUAGAUGAAGGAUAAGUGUUAUUGGGAUUGUACACUGUAAUUACAUAAACCACACAAAGCCCCUCUCACACAUUAUCAAGCUGUAUUUUUAGACCCCGUUUACAUAAUGUGGUCAUACACAACACAUACCCACACAACAUGUGGAUAAAGGUACAGUGGAUGGUAGCUGCAGGGGAUUCUCACAUGAACACUGUCUACUUUCAGCAGUCAGUCCUCCAUUAAAGGGAUACUUCCAACUGGAAUGUUUUUGUGUGAAAAUGAAAGGGGGUCAUUUUCUUAAUAUCUGUUUGACUACAUGUAAAAUAUUGCUGUUUUUAAAUAUGUACAGACUGGUAUGGUGCUGCUGGACAUAAUGAAAAAGGUUAUAAAGUGGUGAAGUACCCCUUUAAGACAGCCCUGCUAUGUCUCUCAGGCACAGGUUCUACCUCUGGCCUAUAGCCAGGACCUGCAUGUAUUUAUUGGCCGCUGUGCGGGAAGAUAAUAGUUAGCAGACAAACCUAUUUGGAUAUGGCUAGAGAGUGGGCAUACCUCGUUCACUAAGGCUGUGUUUACACAGCCACCCUAAGAAUCCAAAUAAGAUUUUGUUUUCCAUAUCCAAUAUUUUUUUUCUGACUGUCCGCACUCAGUUUUACAUGUGCCCCAUAUCAGAUUUGCGCAUUCACACUGAUGUAGCCUCUGAAGUAGCACACGGAUGGAAUGCUCAUUUCCAGUCACUGUUCCUUUACAUUUUGGGGUGGUUGUCAUGGAAACAGCAGGUCAUGAGCAAAGCAAAAAAAUCUGAUCCGAGCAUCCAGACAGAGGUCGCAUAUGGAUCAUCGGGUUUGUAUCAGGAUUCAGAUCCACAUAUAGAGGUGGUUUGAAUCAAAAGUCAAAAGAUCAUAUUCCAUUUGUUUUUUUGCUGUUUACACAUUAGGGAAAAGACAACUGGAGUUGUACAGUGGGGAAAAAAAGUAUUUAGUCAGCCACCAAUUGUGCAAGUUCUCCCACUUAAAAAGAUGAGAGAGGCCUGUAAUUUUCAUCAUAGGUACACGUCAACUAUGACAGACAAAUUGAGAAGAAAGAAAUCCAGAAAAUCACAUUGUAGGAUUUUUAAUGAAUUUAUUUGCAAAUUAUGGUGGAAAAUAAGUAUUUGGUCACCUACAAACAAGCAAGAUUUCUGGCUCUCACAGACCUAUAACUUCUUCUUUAAGAGGCUCCUCUGUCCUCCACUCAUUACCUGUAUUAAUGGCACCUGUUUGAACUUGUUAUCAGUAUAAAAGACACCUGUCCACAACCUCAAACAGUCACACUCCAAACUCCACUAUGGCCAAGACCAAAGAGCUGUCAAAGGACACCAGAAACAAAAUGGUAGACCUGCACCAGGCUGGGAAGACUGAAUCUGCAAUAGGUAAGCAGCUUGGUUUGAAGAAAUCAACUGUGGGAGCAAUUAUUAGGAAAUGGAAGACAUACAAGACCACUGAUAAUCUCCCUCGAUCUGGGGCUCCACGCAAGAUCUCACCCCGUGGGGUCAAAAUGAUCACAAGAACGGUGAGCAAAAAUCCCAGAACCACACGGGGGGACCUAGUGAAUGACCUGCAGAGAGCUGGGACCAAAGUAACAAAGCCUACCAUCAGUAACACACUACGCCGCCAGGGACUCAAAUCCUGCAGUGUCAGACGUGUCCCCCUGCUUAAGCCAGUACAUGUCCAGGCCCGUUUGAAGUUUUCUAGAGUGCAUUUGGAUGAUCCAGAAGAGGAUUGGGAGAAUGUCAUAUGGUCAGAUGAAACCAAAAUAUAACUUUUUGGUAAAAACUCAACUCGUCGUGUUUGGAGGACAAAGAAUGCUGAGUUGCAUCCAAAGAACACCAUACCUACUGUGAAGCAUGGGGGUGGAAACAUCAUGCUUUGGGGCUGUUUUUCUGCAAAGGGACCAGGAUGACUGAUACGUGUAAAGGAAAGAAUGAAUGGGGCCAUGUAUCGUGAGAUUUUGAGUGAAAACCUCCUUCCAUCAGCAAGGGCAUUGAAGAUGAAACAUGGCUGGGUCUUUCAGCAUGACAAUGAUCCCAAACACACCGCCCGGGCAACGAAGGAGUGGCUUCGUAAGAAGCAUUUCAAGGUCCUGGAGUGGCCUAGCCAGUCUCCAGAUCUCAACCCCAUAGAAAAUCUUUGGAGGGAGUUGAAAGUCCGUGUUGCCCAGCGACAGCCCCAAAACAUCACUGCUCUAGAGGAGAUCUGCAUGGAGGAAAUGGCCAAAAUACCAGUAACAGUGUGUGAAAACCUUGUGAAGACUUACAGAAAACGUUUGACCUGUGUCAUUGCCAACAAACUACAAACAAACUUUUGUUAUUGACCAAAUACUUAUUUUCCACCAUAAUUUGCAAAUAAAUUCAUUAAAAAUCCUACAAUGUGAUUUUCUGGAUUUUGUUAUUUCAUUUUGUCUGUCAUAGAUGACGUGUACCUAUGAUGAAAAUUACAGGCCUCUCUCAUCUUUUUAAGUGGGAGAACUUGCACAAUUGGUGGCUGACUAAAUACUUUUUUUCCCCACUGUAUGUCUUUACUCCGCUUACUGUAACACAUUAAAUGACUGAAUGGCGUGACAUUUAUACCACAUAAUUUGAAAGUCAAAAUAUCAGAUUACAUUCGUUUUUUUUGCUGUCAUUGUAAUUUAAUGUGUUACAGAAAGCGGCGUAAAGACAUAAAACUCCAGUUGUCUUAGUGUAGACAACUAGGGUCAUGUUCAGUAGGCUCCAACAGAGAAAAUGCUUUGAAACAGUGUUGUUAUUGGUAGUCUGUCCUCUGUUUCAAGUAAUUUCAUUGCAUGCCUGCUGAACAUGACCCUGCUGUUGUCCUCCAGGACAAUGAUGACCUCCCUCUAAGUAUUUAUCCCCCACCCUGGAAUCCCCACUAGAUAUUCUAUGCUACACUAAACUCUUCUCCUUCAGCUGCUGUACUUCAUCCUGUGCACCGUGGGCCUUGUCCUCUCUGUCCUGGUCAUGGCCUUCUCUGGCCACCACUACGCCCAGACCAACGGCUUCAGCUGCCUGCAGGUGGGCGACGACUGCGUGUGCACCCUGGACCCUCACGACCCUAUCGCCAGGACCUUCACCUACACGGAGGUCAGCGACUGCAGAGAGGUCACUGGCACCCUGAAGCUGUACUUCCUGCUUCAGGUUGCCUUGAACCUGACCCAAGCACUGGUGUGUGCCCUGGGGGCCUUCGUCAUGUGGAAGCACCGAUACCAAGUGUUCUUCGUGGGGCUGCAGAUGGGCUCGCCCUCCUUCCAGCACUGGCAGAAGGUCUGA